CAGUUCCGGAAGCGGAUCACGUUGGGUGCAGGUGACGCAGCUGAACGUGAGUGUCCCUCAGUAUGGAUUAAACUUGCGAACCGCCGUGCCCCGUUUCCGCAGCCAGUUCCCGGGCUCGCUACAGACUUUAAGAUCCCCGCACCGCGCCCUCCACCCCAGGAAGAACCCUUGAAGAAGAGGAAGCGGAAAGAAAGAGAAGUCCGGCAUGGCCCUCACCCAGGGACAGGUGACAUUCAGGGAUGUGACUAUAGAAUUCUCUCAGGAGGAGUGGACAUGCCUGGACCCCGCUCAGAGGACUUUGUACAGGGACGUGAUGUUGGAGAAUUAUAGGAACUUGGCCUCCCUGGGAAUCUCUUGUUUUGACCUCAGUAUUAUCUCUAUGUUGGAGCAAGGGAAGGAGCCUUUCACUGUGGAGAGCCAAGUACAAAUAGCAAGAAACCCAGAUGGAUGGGAAUGGAUCAAAGCCGUGAUCACAGCUCUCUCUUCUGAAUUUGUAAUGAAAGAUUUACCACACAAAGGGAAGAGUAAUACAGGAGAAGUAUUCCAAACAGUGAUGUUGGAAAGACAGGAAAGCCAUGACAUUGAAGGAUGUUCCUUCAGGGAAGUCCAGAAAAAUACGCAUGACCUUGAGUAUCAAUGCAGAGAUGCUGAAGGAAAUUACAAAGGAGUGCUUUUGACCCAAGAAGGCAAUCUCACUCAUGGAAGAGAUGAACACGGUAAAAGAGAUGCAAGAAACAAGCUUAUUAAAAAUCAGCUUGGAUUAAGCCUUCAGUCACAUCUGCCUGAACUGCAGCUUUUUCAAUAUGAAGGGAAAAUUUAUGAAUGUAAUCAGGUUGAGAAGUCUUUCAACAAUAGUUCCUCAGUUUCACCACCUCAACAAAUGCCUUAUAAUGUCAAAACCCACAUUUCUAAGAAAUAUCUCAAAGAUUUUAUCUCUUCUUUAUUACUCACACAGGGACAAAAAGCAAAUUGGGGAAGCCCUUACAAAUCUAACAGAUGUGGCAUGGUCUUUCCUCAAAAUUCACACUUUGUCAGUCAUCAGAGAAGUCAUACUAAAGAGAAACCUUACAAAUGUUAUGAGUGUGGCAAAGCCUUUAGAACACGUUCAAACCUAACUACCCAUCAGGUGAUCCAUACUGGCGAAAAACGUUACAAAUGUAAUGAGUGUGGUAAGGUCUUUAGUCGAAAUUCACAACUCUCACAACAUCGGAAAAUUCACACUGGAGAGAAACCUUAUAAAUGUAACGAAUGUGGCAAGGUCUUCACUCAGAAUUCACACCUUGCAAGACAUCGAGGAAUUCAUACUGGAGAGAAACCUUACAAGUGUAAUGAGUGUGGGAAAGCCUUUAGAGCUCGUUCAAGCUUAGCUAUCCAUCAGGUAACCCACAGUGGAGAAAAACCUUACAAAUGUAAUGAAUGUGGCAAGGUCUUCACUCAAAAUUCACACCUUACAAAUCACUGGAGAAUUCACACUGGAGAGAAACCUUACAAGUGUAAUGAGUGCGGCAAAGCCUUUGGUGUUCGUUCAAGCCUAGCUAUUCAUCUGGUAAUUCACACCGGAGAAAAGCCUUACAAAUGUCAUGAAUGCGACAAGGUCUUUAGGCGUAAUUCACACCUUGCAAGGCAUCAGCUAAUUCAUACUGGAGAGAAACCUUACAAGUGUGAUGAGUGUGGCAAAGCCUUUAGAGCACAUUCAAACCUAACUACCCAUCAGGUCAUCCAUACUGGAGAAAAACCUUACAAAUGUAAUGAAUGUGGCAAGGUCUUCACUCAAAAUUCACACCUUGCAAAUCAUCAAAGAAUUCAUACUGGAGUGAAACCUUAUAUGUGUAAUGAGUGCGGCAAAGCCUUCAGUGUGUAUUCAAGCCUAACUACCCAUCAGGUCAUCCAUACUGGAGAAAAACCUUACAAAUGUAAUGAGUGUGGCAAGGUCUUCACUCAGAAUUCACACCUUGCAAGACAUCGGGGAAUUCAUACUGGAGAGAAACCUUAUAAAUGUAAUGAAUGUGGCAAGGUCUUUAGGCAUAAUUCAUACCUUUCAAGGCAUCAGCGAAUUCAUACUGGAGAGAAACCUUACAAGUAUAAUGAGUAUGGCAAAGCCUUUAGUGAACAUUCAAACCUAACUACCCAUCAGGUCAUCCAUACUGGCGAAAAACCUUACAAAUGUAAUGAAUGUGGCAAGGUCUUCACUCAGAAUUCACACCUUGCAAGACAUUGGAGAGUUCAUACUGGAGGUAAACCUUACAAGUGUAAUGAAUGUGGCAAAGCCUUUAGUCAAACAUCAAAGCUUGCAAGGCAUCAGAGAGUUCAUACUGGAGAGAAACCAUAUGAGUGUAAUCAGUGUGGGAAAGCCUUUAGUGUCCGUUCAAGCCUAACUACCCAUCAGGCAAUCCAUACUGGAAAAAAACCUUAUAAAUGCAAUGAGUGUGGGAAGGUCUUCACCCAGAAUUCACACCUUGCAAGACAUCGGAGAAUUCAUACUGGAGAGAAACCUUACAGGUGUAAUGAGUGUGGCAAAGCCUUUAGUCAAACUUCAAAACUUGCAAGGCAUCAGAGAAUUCAUACCGGAGAGAAACCAUAUGAGUGUGGGAAACCCUUUAGUAUCUGUUCAAGCCUAACUACCCAUCAGACAAUCCAUACUGGUGGAAAACCUUACAAAUGUAAGUGGAAAGUUCUAAAGUCAGAGUUCAAACCUUGCAAGUCAUCACAGAAUUCAUAGUGGAGAGAAACCUUACAAAUGAAGGUGGUAACUUUUGCAGUUAGAAUUCAUUCCUUUGACAACAUCAGAGAAUUUAUGCCUGAGAGAUUCCUUGAAAAUGCAAUGACUGGCUGGGCGCAGUGGCUCACGCCUGUAAUCCCAACACUUUGGGAGUCUGAGGCAGGUGGAUCACCUGAGGUCAGGAGUUCAAGACCAGCCUGACCAACAUGGUGAAACCCCAUUUCUACUAAAAGUACACAAUUAGCUAGGCCUGGUGGUGUGCACCUGUAGUCCCAGCUAUAUAGGAGGCUGAGGCAGGAGAAUCACUUGAACCCAGGAGGCGGAGGUUGCAGUGAGCCAAGAUGGUGCCAAUGCACUCCAUCCUGGGCAAAAAAGAGUGAAACUCCAUCUUAAAGGAAAAAAAAAAUGCAAUGACUGUAGCAAACUCCUCAUGAGUUCAAGUAUUAAUAGACAUCCAAAAGUCCAUAGUAAUGAGAAAUCACAUAGAUGUACUGUGUGUGGCAGAGGCUUUAUUCAGGCCUCACAGCUUUGCAGGCAUUAAAAUCUACGUAUUUGAUGGAACCACACAAAUGUAAUGUGUAAGAGCAUCCUGAAGCUCUUACUCUAAGACUGUAACUGUAGGUGAGGUUUCAUGCAAAGGGUGACUCAGUCUCUAGUUCUUUGAUUCACUUUUAAUAUGAUAAACUGCACAAUAAUUACACGUCCCAAUAUGGUGUAAAACUUAAGACAUUAUAUAUUUCAAAGGUCAAAGGACAUUUGGAAAUGGCUGCUUACCUUCAGGUUAUGAAAUUUUUAUUCUGUUGUUUGAGGUUUCUCGAAAAGGCUACUGUGUGACUUUCAACCUGAAUUAUGGAUCUGUGGCUAUUUUGCAUCCUUAAACACCUUUCAUGGUGCCUAUCUGGGAAGGAACCACAGUAUGGAAAGGCUUACUUCAUUACAUGAGGAUCAUUUUUAUCCACGUUUAUUGAAGAAGGAGGACUCUGCGUUGUAAAAUUAAAUAUUCUCAAUUGAGAGACCAUGGUUUAGGGGCAGAAAAUAAUGUAAAACUAGGAUAUCAAUCAUCAUACUGAUUGUGUUCAGGGUGCUUUUCUGAGAGAAAGACACCAUGGGUUUUAGGGAAGUAAGGUUCUACCUGCAUUGAGCAGGCCAAGACCUCAGGACACUGGAAUUUUUAUGAGAGGAGAGUAAUAAGUUAUUAGUGACUGAUUAUGUGAUAGGAAUAGUGCCGGGCAAAUGGUUGCCACUUUCUCUAUUGCAUGGCAAUAGCUGUUUUAUAGCAGAGGUUGAUGAAAAAUAGGCUUAUUUUUGAAAUUGAAUAGGUAACAGUUACUAGAGUGGAGAGCUUGGUCAGAAUACCGUGGUUUUCUUUUUGGUUUUUUGUGUUUUUUUUUUUUUAGCAGAAUUCACACUAAUUGCUGGAAUUACAUUUUGCUACAGUUUUAUUAAGAAUGUGUCACAGACAUAAUGUUUUGCCAAAAAAAUUCAACGUUUUCUUAUAACUAUAAACAAAUCACAUUCUUUGUACCAACACUUUUAUCCUACCUCAGUAGGAUACUUCAUAACAGGUAAUAACAAUACACUCAAGUCUUUUAGGUUGGAGGAUCUAGAACAA